AUGUCCGGGGCGGAACAACACCGCGAUCAGAGCAAAGGUGCCGCCACAUCUACGGCCCCAGAGACUACGACACCCGCGCCGAAAAGAAACGCUUUCACCGAACUCCUCUCCGCCCGCAACAAGCAGCCCAAGCAUGCGGCCCCCAAUCCAUCGAGCAAAGACGUGCCGAAACGCAGAAUGGGUUCUUUCCCAGGACGAGAUGGACUGGGAGCCUACCUUGAAAAGCCAGACUCCUAUCCAUCCAGCGUAGUAGUUUAUCACAAUUCAGAUUUCGUCACAAUCCACGACAUGUUCCCGAAAUCCUCGCUACACCUUCUCCUCCUCCCACGCGACCAAACCAAGAACAGACUCCACCCAUUCGAAGCCUUUGAAGACGCCGAGUUCCUCGAAAAGGUCAGAACCGAAGUGCACAAGCUGCGCAAGCUGGCAGCGGCCGAAUUGCGCCGCAGAUACGGCCAAGAUUCGGCGCAGGAACAGGCGCGACACGCUGCUCUCAAUGCCGAUCCACCGCCGGAUGAGCUGCCGGAUGGACGCGAUUGGGAUAAGGAGAUAAUGUGCGGGAUACAUGCUGUUCCGUCCAUGAGCCAUCUGCAUGUGCAUGUCAUUUCGGUGGAUCGGCAUAGUGAGAAGUUGAAGCAUCGGAAGCAUUACAAUAGUUUUGCGACACCGUUUUUCGUACCCAUUGAGGACUUUCCUCUGGCCCCGGAUGAUGAGCGGCGGCAUCCUACUCGGCAAGGGUAUUUAAAGCGGGACUUCACGUGUUGGCGCUGUGAGAAACAGUUUGGAAACCGUUUCACGGAGUUGAAGAAGCAUCUAGAAGAAGAGUUUGAGGAAUGGAAGAAAUUGUGA